CUGACAGAUCUCUUUUACUGCUCUCAGAAACAGACCCGACGGGUACUUUGUGAAUAAAACCCUACACUGUUCCCUGUCCCCGUUGCUGUGAGGGAAGCAGAGAGUUGAUGAGCGGCGGGAAGUGAAGUUGAGUCUGCUGAGUGAAGAUGCAGACCUCUAAGAGCUUUCGGUUGGAUGACUUUAUCGCGGGAUUGAUUGGCGGAGCUUCCAGUGUGGUUGUGGGUCAUCCUCUGGACACAGUGAAGACGAGGCUCCAAGCGGGGAAAGGAUACAAGAACAUGCUGCACUGCAUCCUCACCAUCUACAGGAAGGAAACGGUGAUGGGGUUCUUUAAGGGCAUGUCGUUCCCGCUGGCCAGUAUCACCGUCUAUAACUCUGUGGUGUUCGGCUUCUUCAGCAACACACAGAGACUCAUUAGCAAGUAUCGCUACGGAGACGGGCGGCAUCCCUGCGGCAUGCUGGACCUGACGGUGGCCAGCAUGCUGACGGGGCUGGUGUCGGUGGGUUUGGGGGCGCCGGUGGACCUGGUGAAGAUCCGACUGCAGAUGCAGACGCAGAUAGUUGUGGCAGAGAACUUGAACCUGGCUGGCAGCGUAUCAAACGGCACCAACAUGCCCUUGCGCUCCAUCAGCAUGCCAAGCCAGACACUGUACCGAGGGCCCAUCCACUGCAUCAGCAGCACCCUGCAGACGGAGGGCCUGCAGGGCCUGUACCGGGGGGCCGGGGCCAUGAUCCUGAGGGACGUCCCCGGGUACACACUCUACUUCAUCCCUUACACCAUCUUCUGCAACCUGCUGAAGCCGGACGCCUCCGCCACCCCCCACCCGGGAGCCAUCUGGCUGGCUGGAGGACUAGCAGGGUCUAUUUCCUGGGUGACGGCCACCCCCGCUGACGUGGUGAAGAGUCGGCUGCAGGCGGACGCUCAGCUGCAGAGGAAGUACAAAGGCAUCGUACACUGCAUCGUGCACAGCUACCGGACGGAGGGCGCUCAGGUGUUCUUCCGCGGCGCAUCAGUAAAUGCUAUCCGAGGCUUCCCGAUGAGCGCCACCAUGUUCCUGACCUACGAACUCUCCCUGCAGUUCUUCCGGAGCUUAUAGGACCGAGGAAACACUUUGGUGGGAGAAGGAAUCAAAACUCAGUCAGGCAAUCUCAGGCUAAAUGAGCUAGCAGGCCCCAGUUUACAGUAGCUGUGAGUCAGCAGUUUUAAAGCUUACUGAGCUGUGAAGCUAAUAUGUUAGCGUGCUACUACUUCCCUUAUGCAACGCGUAGACCUGUCGUUCCUCAUUUGAUCAAUUAUGUUUUGAAAUGAGUUUUAAAUUAGAUUUAAUACACUAAAAUCAUCCAUGUGUUCCUGGAUAGCGCUUUGGCUGCAGUAUGCUACUUAUAUAAUACUUGUGUUGUGUGUUAAGGUAGCAUAUUUAAUGCUAAUACCUUAAAAUCCGUCUGCUCUUUGUGAUUAGCACCGACUCUUUUUUAAAUAUUUGUAUCGUACAAAUACCGCUUGUAACCUGAGAGAUACACACAGAAUAUACAAGGCUAGCUGUAGCUCCAUAGCUUUGGUAAAUUAUGGUGAUAAUAAUUCAGGUGUAAAAUGUGAAAUCAACAACCAGUCAUCCUGCUAGCCGCAACAUAACAGUAGUUGCUAAAUAAAUGCUAAUACAAUGCUAAUGCCAAUAUGAGCUAAUGCUAUAAGCGUAACAUAGCUAACGGAGGACAUGGAAGGUUUUGAUGUCAGUAUUUAAUUGAAGAGAUGAAAGCCAAAUACACCAAAAAUACACCAUUUUGGUUCAUUUUAUGGUGGUUUGGAGGCAAAAAUGGUAUAUUGGGAUCAUUCUGACCUCAGACAGAAGCAUUACACAAUCAUAUUUUGUUUCAUCAAGGCUCUUUAAAACACUAAUUUAAUGUCACAUCUGUAUAUUCAUUGACAUCUUUAAAUAUUAAUUCAUUAAUACAUUUUAACAAACCUAAGCUCUUUUUUUUAGGACGCCUUGUGACCUGCAGUCGCCAAAUUAGGACUUUAUGUCACAAUGCAGUAUUUAAAAAAUCACUUAACAGUAAGAUCUGUGCAGGAUUACAGUUUUUAUAAAAGGAUGUGACCUUUUUCACACACCUGAGUCUAAAUGUAACAUUUGUGUUAGCUUUUAAUUUGAAUCUGUUUGUUUCAAUUAGGUUUUUACUUAAUUUCAGAGAAAAUAUUUACACUGAACCUUUUUAAUGUUUCUUUUGUGUUGUCUCACAACAUGAAUUGUUGCCUUUAAACGCACACGGACUGAAUGUGCAUCCCAUGUUGCUGCCACUUAUACACAUUCUGUUUGUGUUUCUUAUAUUAAGAACAGAUAGUUAUCACAAUACCAAUAAUACAGUUAAAAUGCAUUGAUCUGUGCUUUUCUGUUGCAUGUUUUUUGCUUUAUAAAGUCUGCAGCGUACAUGUUUAAUCUUUAGUGUCAACAGUUAGACAGCAUGUACAGCUAAUGAUGCACAAAGCCUUACCUUAGACUGAAAAUCCUUACGUUUAUGGAUAAAAAACACAUUAUUAAGCCUUUUUAAGACAAUCAAUAUAGACCAAAACCUCUUUAUAUACUUUCAUAAUAUCGUCAAAGAAAUAUAUGUGAAUUUGUGUGUCAUGUAAAUACUUGUAAAUAUGUAUACUGCCAUUCCAGCUGAUGGAGGGACUAAAUUGUCUUAUUGUAAAUAAACCUAGAUUCUAAA